UUUGCUCAGCUCUUUGAGCCUGGAGUGCUUUUCCCCGGCCUCUCAAUUUCUCUCUCAAUCUCUCAAUCUCUCAGAGCCUGGCUAAGGCCACCCAUCAUGGCCCGGCACGUCCCCCGCUUGCUGUCUGGACCCCUCGCUGGUUCUGAACAGCCCACGGAGCCUGGAAUUUGAUCAGCCUCCCUCCACCAUCCACCCUGCCGGCCCCACUGUCCUUCCGACUGCUACAUAUGUUGGUCCCUAUCCUUGGCACCUGUUAGACCCCCCACACACACACACACACCUUUGCCAUGCUCCCAAGCCUGCUUCAAGGUCUCUCUGUCCUCUCUGAUCAUCUCCGGAGCAAGGUGGACCAAGCAGUGCAUUUGCAGAUAUUCCUGGGUGUGGGACUGGCUCUCCUUUGCUUCUGCCUUCUCCUUGGCUGCGCGAUAUGUUGGUACCAACGCAAGAAAUGCCUUCUUGACGACAGCCAACCGCAGGGGCCAGGGCGGACACUGGUGGACCUUGCUCCGGUCUUGCCUUCCAAGAUGGCCGCUGUGCCCAUCCAGCAGCAAUAUCUAGAGAUUGAAGGAGAGGUUCUGGGAAAACCACCUCUUGCAGCGGUGGCUGAUUCACCAGACUCUUCCUGCCAGGAGGACCCACCUCAAGGAAUCCCUCGUGGUCGGGCUUCUCUUCCUAGCAUACAACUCUCUCAGAAAUUCAGCCUGCCCGUCAAACCUCCUCUAGGCCGAGAACGCCGAUGUACCAUCUCUGGGGACAUCCUGUUUGGCAGAGAAAGACUUCCCCUCUCCAGCCCCAUACUGGGCACCAACUUCCCCCAGUCUUACACCAUCCCGCGGAGUUUGUCCAGUGCUACUGGGAAGCCGAGGCCACACCUCCAGUUCACAUUGUUCUAUUCCCAGCCCGAGGCCACGUUGAUCGUGACCGUGAUUGGAGUCUCGGACUUACCCAAGGGCCUCGGGGCCACUCGGACUUCCUACGUCAAAGUCUACCUCCUUCCCAGAUUCGUGGAGCCCCGGCGCACUGCCUUGUGCAGGAAAAGCUUGAACCCCACGUUCCACGAGCCGUUCCACUUUGGCCCCUACAGCCUGGAAGAGCUGCAAAGCCUGACGCUGCGCUUUACUGUGUAUGCCAAGGAAUUCCAUCACCUGAAGGAUUCCUUCCUUGGAGAGGUGAUGUUUCCGUGUGCUCAAGUGUCCUGGAACCAAAACGUUUCCUCUGCUUACACCCAGGAGCUGUCGGCCACUAAAACCAAGCUCAAAAAGAGUUUUAGUUCUCAGGACACGAUUUCCGCCACCUUGCUGUCCCAGCCCAAGUCCCAGGGCCAGCUGUUUCUCCUGCUUCAGCACCAAGCGCUAGCCAACCGCAUCAAAGUUCUGGUCCGCAAGGCAGAGAACCUGGUACGGCUCAGCCGAAUCCCAGGGACCCCAGACCACCAUGUGAUAAUACACCUGUACUAUAAUGGGAACAUCAUCGACUCGAAGGAGACCAAGCCCAUAGCAGGCUACAAUCCUGUGUGGAAUACUCCAUUCCUGUUCAACCUUCCUGCUGGAGACAUUCAAGAACAGCAGCUGGCCUUGGAGUUCAAAGUUGUGCAGGCUCGCCUCUACACACGAUCCUGUCAUGUGGGCCGAGUACUGAUUGGUCCUGAUGCCCCAGAGAUGGGGCGGGUCCACUGGAAGGAGAUGUGCCGUCGGGGAAAUGUGGAAUCGGCCCGCUGGCACUCACUUCAGCCUCCAAAUUUUCCACUCUGCCCUUGAUACACAGACCCCAAGUUUCCUAUUGGACAGUCCUUUGCCUAUUGUGAUAUAUGUUGGCUAUACAUCAUGGGGAGUUUCCAUCCACCAUGUCUGGAAACAAGGAGCCCUGCAGUCAGAGCUGUAGCAGACAUGUCCCAAAAUGCUGCUUGAGAGACAUUUCGGUACAGGAACAUUUGUAAGAUAAGAUAAAGCAGAGUGCAGUGAUCCCAAAACAGAGCAGGUUGGGAAAUUCAGAACUCUGUGCCAAUUCUGAGCACCCUCAAGCCAGUUCUGAACAGUCUUGAGUGUGGCCUGUUGGAUGUUUAUCUAAGAAAGAACUGAGUUUGCUGGGAGCUCCUCAAAAAUUUUUAAAGAGCAGGUGACAAUUUAGAGAGGAGAACUAAGGAAGGCACAAAAGGGCAAAAGGACCUUGUGCUUUGGUGUACUUUUCUUCCUCUGCAAAACUAAUAUGUCCCCCUUAGAUGCACUGACCUCUGAGCCACAAUCCACUGUGGCAGCUCUUGGAGAAUCACCUCACCGGCACAGUUGUCGCCUGGUGAUGGCCAAGGAACAGAACUGAAAACGCCACCAGCCAAACUGAAGUCAGCCUGCAGUCAUGCGGGAGCUGCAGGGACCGAAGCUGCUGGAACGGGAACGCUGAACGAUUUCUUGCAGUGAGAUUGUUGCAGCAUGGGGUUGCUGCAGAACAGACUUGGGUGGGUAGGAGAACGAUCAGGAUGCAAAGAGAAGAACCGGAAGGACCACAGGCAGGACCCUGGACUGUGUUGUGCGAAGGUCCUUGGCUUUUAAGACUAGCUGGAAAGGUUACAACACUGGGCGGACGGAAAGGGCAGGAGAAACUCGUGUUGCUAGAUGUGUUGUCUGGAAAAUGUACAACGGGCAAAAUGUUUCGUAUCAGUUCUAUGCACUGUCAUAAAGAGUCGUCACUGUGCUCAU